CAAAACCGGACAGGAGAAACAGAAUACUAUUAAAAAUGUAGGGGAUUGAUUUGAGCCUAACGGGGAGAGGUCUGAGCCUUGAGUGAGUGUUUUGGGCCGAGUAGAGUCGAUCGACCUGAGUCAAGGGUGAAAACACUCCAGAGUGAAUUUUUAAGGGAUUGAUUUGAGCCUGCUACACCGGCGUAAGUCCAAUCAAGCUAAAAAUGUAUGCCAUUUAGGUGAAAUAAUCUCGAACGCGACGUUAAACCCUUUUUCACGAUUUCGUUACGGCGAUUUUGCCUUUGCACUGUUGAAGGACUGUUCAACCAGGAUCAGUUUGCAGGAUGCAGUUUGAGGCCGAGAGGCAGCAGCAUCCAUAUAAAGAACCAUCUUUAGCUGCCAUGACGGACAAGGCGAUACAGAUACUCAGGAAAACCCCCAAGGGAUACUUCCUCUUCGUCGAAGGCGGUCGCAUCGAUCAUGCGCAUCACGUAAACCUCGCGGCACUUGCAUUGUCGGAAACUGUAGCAUUUUCUGAAGCAGUCUCACGCGCUGACAACCUGACCAGUCAGAAGGACACGUUGAUAGUGACCACAGCUGACCACUCCCACACCAUGAUGAUGGCCGGAUACCGCUCUAGAGGCAACAAUAUUCUUGGUGUUGUGGACGCAUCUCUUGACGAUGACAACCUGACAUACACAACGUUGAUCUACGGAAACGGCCGAAACGUCAACUACGGGGGUCGGCGUAACCUGACGGAUGAUGUGACGACCAAGUUGAAUUAUACCGCGGAGUCAGCAGUGCGGCAGGAUCUAGAAACACACGGAGGUGAAGAUGUUGCGAUUUAUGCACGGGGUCCGAUGUCACACCUCUUCCACGGGGUCCACGAACAGAACUACAUUGCGCAUGUCAUGAUGUACGCUUCCUGUGUCGGACCGUAUGCUAAAAAAAAGACAAUGCGCCAGGUCCUUGCUCUCUUCUCCUAAUGCGCAGCCUCAGAAACCCAGCAUCAGUUUGGCAUCAU